AAUGCAGAGCCUGUACUGUACCACACAGACAGCUCGGCUCGUUCUAGUCAGUUUAGCUGGAGCUCAGUGUAGGCGGGACGCUUCAGGUCAGCUCAGCUUAAAAUAUCUUUUCAAACAUAAUUUCUGCGUGUCUUAACACGUAGUCGUUACAGGGCACUCGCUUUAACCGCUGGGUUUCUAUUCGGGCGACAUUAGCCGGUUAAUUCAGCUAGCCUAACUUUGCUAAGAAACGUUUGUAUUGUUCGAACAGCAGUGUGGGUAUUAACUGCAGGUUAACAGACACCUGACAACAGAGGAUGCUGGAGUCAAUCAAAGUCACAGAAAGACUCCACUGGCCAGAAGUAGAAAUGUCCAAAAAGUACAUCCUAAACUCUGCUGACAAGGCACUGAGUCCAAGCCAAGUCUACCUGGAGAAGAUUUCUUCCAGCGUCCUCAAAGACCUCUUCAGCUCCGGCUCCAGCAGCUACAACGUCCUGCUGCAGGCCGAGGAGAAGAAGAGUCAGAAGCAGCAAUCCCCGUGCAAGAGGCCAAAAACAUCAGUGAAAUGUGGCGCCGCAUUUAGCCGAAGAAACCGCCCAGGCAUGGCUCCUAAAAAGUUGCGUGCACCAGAAGGUGGCUGCAAACCUGCACAGACAAAUCGUGUCCUCUCAGCUAACUCCAAUCUCUCUAAACCAGCACGGAGCAUCGCAGUAGUGGGCAGCACCAUGGGCCUAACCCCUCGCACAGUUCCACAGCUCAGAAAGGUGUGCAUCCCCACUUCCCCUCGCACUAAACUUCCCUCGUUGCACAAAGCAUCAAUCACACGGGAAGCGGAAAACGCCAAGAAGCUCUGCAUCCUUACAGCCAUCAAGCCGUCCAAUGUUCAGAAAGAGAAGGCCGCGUUUUUCAAGUCUGACUUCAACUAUAAUCCACAGUUUGAGUACAGCAACCCAGUUUCUCCGCCCGUCCUGGCGCGGCAUAGCAAUGCCUCAGAUCGCUUCCUGACACAGGCCGUGAACAUCAUGGAGCUCGCCCUGCUGCGAUAUGGCAGCUAUGAGAAGUUUGAGCAGGCCACUGGGGGCAACCUCCUCACCAAGAGUCGCAUCUGGCACAGCGUCAAGAAAUACAUGGAGAAGGAAGGCUGCUUGGGGGAGAUCGUAGCCCAGGUGACAGACGACCUCCUGUCCAGAGCCUCCAUGACGGUGGUGAACAGCAGACCCACUCUGACCAUCAACAUCUCCACGGCCCGGGAGCACUGGCUGGAAGGCAUGCUGAGGCAUGAGAUAGGCACACAUUAUUUCCGUGGCAUCAACAACUGCCACCAGCCGUGGAGCAGCAGCGCUGGCAGGAAGAAGCUCAACCUGAAGCCUCUGAACCCCACAGAGGAGGGCCUGGCCAGCAUCCACAGCGUCCUGUUCAGGAAAGACCCCACGCUGUGGCGCGCUGCCCUGCUCUACUACACCGUCUACCAGGCCAGCCACAUGUCCUUCUCUGAGCUCUUCAACGAUCUGGGACGCUUCGUCCAGGACCCCAACACCCGCUGGGACUACUGCGUCCGGGCCAAGAGGGGCCAGACCGAUACGGCACAGCCAGGGUGCUUCAGUAAAGACCAGGUCUACCUGGAUGGGAUCCUGCAGAUCCUCAGAUACAGAGACAAGAUCAACUUCCCACUGCUGAUGGCUCUAGGAAAGGUGUCAUUUGAAGACGUGGACCGCCUGAAAGCGCUGGCUCAGAUGGAGAACGUCCGCAUCCCGCACUUCAUGCAGGACCAAGCGAAGUACGCCGAGCAGCUGGCGAAAAUCAUGGCGGUCAACGAGCUGACUGACGAGGAGCUCAAGGCCAUCAUCUGAGCCCGCUCCAAUAACCCCUGCACACCACACCUGAAUAAAACCACUGCCAGCCAUGGCCCGCAUGCCUCAACACCGUCCUCAUGCACGGUAGCACAGUGUGUGAUUAGUGCCGCAUGCUGUAUUGCAUGCAGUGUAGAGUUGUGUUAGACAGAUGCAGUAGUUUGAUCCGACAUUGGCUUUGAAUUAUCAAUUAUCAUUUCUCCACAGGUACAGUAGGGUUAGAUCAUCAUUUCAGUGUGUUGUGUUUAGGGAUCGGUGUAGUUCAUUUUCUUACCAGUGCCAAUAAAAUACCUGGAUUGCUGAUCAAUACAAAAA